AUGGUGGUCCCAGUAGUGACGCGGAUGGUGGUCCUGGUAGUGACGUGGAUGGUGGUUCCAUUAGUGGAUGGUGGUCCCAGUAGUGACGCGGAUGGUGGUCCCAGUAGUGACGUGGAUGGUGGUCCCAGUAGUGACGUGGAUGGUUGUCCCAGUAGUGACGUGGAUGGUUGUCCCAGUAGUGACGUGGAUGGUGGUCCCGGUCCCAGUAGUGACGUGGAUUGUUGUCCCAGUAGUGACGUGGAUGGUGGUCCCAGUAGUGACGUGGAUGGUGGUCCCAGUAGUGACGUGGAUGGUGGUCCCAGUAGUGACGUGGAUGGUGGUCCCAGUAGUGACGUGGAUGGUGAUCCCGGUCCCAGUAGUGACGUGGGUGGUGGUCCCGGUCCCAGUAGUGACGUGGAUGGUGGUCCCGGUCCCAGUAGUGACGUGGAUGGUGGUCCCUGUCCCAGUAGUGACGUGGAUGGUGGUCCCAGUAGUGACAUGGAUGGUGGUCCCAGUAGUGACGUGGAUGGUGGUCCCAGUAGUGACGUGGAUGGUGGUCCCAGUAGUGACGCGGAUGGUUGUCCCCGUAAUGGCGUGGAUGGUGGUCCCCGUCCCUGUAGUGACGCGGAUGGAGGUCCCAGUAGUGACGUGGAUAGUGGUCCCGGCCCCAGUAGUGACGUGGAUGGUGGUCCCAGUAGUGACGUUAAUGGUGGUCCCAGUAGUGACGUUAAUGGUGGUCCCAGUAGUGACGUGGAUGGUGGUCCCAGUAGUGACGCGGAUGGUGGUCCCAGUAGUGACGUGGAUGGUGGUCCCAGUAGUGACGUUAAUGGUGGUCCCAGUAGUGACGUGGAUGGUGGUCCCAGUAGUGACGUUAAUGGUGGUCCCAGUAGUGACGUGGAUGGUGGUCCCAGUAGUGACAUGGAUGGUGGUCCCAGUAGUGACGUGGAUGGUGGUCCCAGUAGUGACGUGGAUGGUGGUCCCAGUAGUGACGCGGAUGGUGGUCCCCGUAAUGGCGUGGAUGGUGGUCCCGGUCCCUGUAGUGACGCGGAUGGAGGUCCCAGUAGUGAUGUGGAUGGUGGUCGCAGUAGUGAUGUAGAUGGUGGUCCCGGUCCCAAUGGUGGUCCCGGUCCCAGUAGUGACGUGGAUGGUGGUCGCAGUAGUGAUGUAGAUGGUGGUCCCAGUAGUGACGUGGAUGGUGGUCCCAGUAGUGACGCAGAUUGUGGUCCCAGUAGUGACGUGGAUGGUGGUCCCUGUAGUGACGUGGAUGGUGGUCCCAGUAGUGACGUGGAUGGUGGUCUCAGUAGUGACGUGGAUGGUGGUCCCUGUAGUGACGUGGAUGGUGGUCCCAGUAGUGACGUGGAUGGUGGUCCCAUUAGUGACGUGGAUGGUGGUCGUAGUGACGUGGAUGGUGGUCCCAGUAGUGACGUGAAUGGUGGUCCCUGUAGUGACGUGGAUGGUGGUCCCAAUAGUGACGUGGAUGGUGGUCCCAGUAGUGACGCGGAUGGUGGUCCCAGUAGUGACGUGGAUGGUGGUCCCUGUAGUUACGUUUAUGGUGGUCCCUGUAGUGACGUGGAUGGUGGUCCCUGUAGUGACGUGUAUGGUGGUCCCAGUAGUGACGUGGAUGGUGGUCCCAGUAGUGACGUGGAUGGUGGUCCCUGUAGUGACGUGGAUGGAGGUCCCAGUAGUGACGCGUAUGGUGGUCCCAGUAGUGACGUGGAUGGUGGUCCCUGUAGUGACGUGGAUGGUGGCCCCUGUAGUGACGUGGAUGGUGGUCUUCGUAAUUCUUCCCCAGAGCCUAUAGGCUUGACAGUACUGAUUACCUGGAGGAGCAAUGCCGCUGUAUCUCCAACAGCUUCUGCCAGGCUGAAGUUUUCUAGCACACUGGAAAGCACACUGUACCGUGGGGAACGCCGAAGUCGACAGGAGCUGAGUGACGCUGUGUCUUCCAUUUCUCUGGAACAACACGCGGCUCACCCCAUUUAUCGAUUUCCUCAUUACACAGCUCCUGACGAAGCACUGGUAACAAAGUACGAGCCACCAGUAUCAUACAAGGAGUCGUUCAUGUCUGACUUGCUUGACCCUGCGAAGACCUGUCAUCAGUAUGAUGAAGACCUCCAAGUGGAGACUCAUCCCCUAAAUGACACAAUUGAAGUAAUCCUUGAUGUCAACACGCACAUGCUGGCUCCCAGUACUGAAAUUGGUGCUGAUACCAGUGGCCCCGGUAUCAGCUCCAAACCCACCAGGGCUACUGAUAUCAGUUCCAGACUCACCAGGACCACUGUUAUCAGUUCCAUACCCACCAAGACCACUGGUAUCAGUUCCAGACCCACCAAGGCCACUGGUAUCAGUUCCAGACCCACCAGGGCCCCUGGUAUCAGUUCCAAACCCACCAGGACCACUGGUAUCAGUUCCGGACCUACCAGAACCACUGGUGUCAGCUUCAGAGCUGAUACAAGGGCCCAGGUGGGUCUGGAGGUGAUACCGGUGCGGUUUCCUGUGAUGCUAUUGCUGGCGACCCUGAUAGUUGUGGUGUCAGCCCUGACACUGUUAGUGAUAGUUCUGGCCCUGGUGCAGAUUCAGAAAUUACAACAGCUGUGA